UCUUCAUCCUGGCUGCUUGUCCCCAGCAGCCCCGACCAGAGAGAGAGGACACGGCGGUGGAGAGAGCUGCACUCAGAGAGGGGCACACGGGCAGAGGAGCGCUGUUUGCGGGCUGUUUGCGGGCUGUUUGUGUGCGGGAUCCUGCGGGCUGUGACUGACUGACCCCGGGCUGAGUCCGCCCCGCAUGGCUCCGAAUCGGCUGGGAACUUCUGCGUAGAGCUGCUGGAUUAUCACACACACACACACACACACACACACACACACACACACACCGGAGCCCGGGCCCUGGCUGCGGGUCGUGCGUGCUUUUUACGCAGCCCCCCCGCGCGCUCCCGGAUCUGGCUCUGGCUCUGGUUCUGAAUGCUGGAGGAGGAUCCGGAGGACAGCAGCAGUGAAGCUUCAGACUACAGGGAAUAUGUGGCUCUCCGGACUGACUGCUGCACUUCUGCUGGGAACUUUGUGUGCAGGACUGAGCCAGGGGGAGUCGGACACCACCGAGUGUUUGUACUACAACGUGAACUACGAGGUGGAGAAGACCAACCAGAGCGGAGUGGAGCGCUGCGAGGGCGAGAAGGACAAACGCUCGCACUGCUACGCCUCCUGGAGGAACUCCUCGGGCUCCAUCGAGCUGGUGAAGAAAGGCUGCUGGCUGGACGACUUCAACUGCUACGACCGGCAGGAGUGUGUGGCCACAGAGGAAAGUCCUCAGGUCUUCUUUUGCUGCUGUGAAGGAAACUUUUGCAACGAGAGGUUCACACACCUUCCUGACGCCACCGGACCGCUGAUCAAAGCCCCGCCCCCCAGCGCCGGCGUGUUGAACGUGAUGGUUUACUGCCUGCUGCCCGUCACCAUGCUGUCUGUCACUCUGCUCACCGCCAUCUGGAUGUACCGACACCGGAAACCUCCGUACGGACACGUGGACAUCACCGAGGAUCCCGGUCCUCCGGCCUCCCCCCUGCUGGGUCUCAAGCCUCUGCAGUUGCUGGAGGUGAAGGCUAGGGGGCGCUUCGGCUGCGUCUGGAAGGCCCAGAUGAUGAACGAAUACGUGGCCGUCAAGGUCUUCCCCAUCCAGAAUAAGUUGUCGUGGCAGACUGAGAGAGAUGUAUUCAUUACACCAGGUAUGAGGCACGAAAACAUCCUGAGGUACAUCGCUGCAGAGAAACGAGGGAGUCACCUGGAGGCCGAACUGUGGCUCAUCACCGAGUUCCACGAGAGGGGCUCUCUGUCAGACUUCCUGAAGGGUAACAUCGUCAGCUGGUCCGAGCUGUGUCACAUCGCCGAGUCGAUGGCGUGCGGCCUGGCUUACCUUCACGAAGACAUCCCCCGACAGAAAGGAGAGGGACCCAAACCGGCCAUCGCUCACAGGGAUUUUAAGAGCAAGAACAUCAUGUUGCGCACCGACCUCACAGCGGUGAUCGGUGACUUUGGCCUCGCUGUUUGCUUUGAGCCGGGGAAACCGCCCGGAGAGACGCACGGACAGGUAGGGACCAGGCGUUACAUGGCUCCAGAGGUUUUAGAAGGAGCCAUCAACUUCCAGCGAGACGCCUUCCUCCGAAUCGACAUGUACGCCGUGGGCCUGGUGCUGUGGGAGCUGGUGUCCCGCUGCAAGGCUGUUGAUGGUCCGGUGGAUGAGUACUUGCUGCCAUUUGAGGAGGAGGUCGGUCAGCAUCCAUCACUGGAGGACCUGCAGGAAGUCGUCGUACACAAGAAGUUGAGACCAACCUUCAAGGACCUCUGGCUCAAACACAGCGGCCUGGCUCAGAUCUGUGAGACGGUUGAGGAGUGCUGGGAUCAUGACGCCGAGGCUCGACUGUCGGCCGGGUGCGUGGAGGAGAGGAUCUCCCAGGUCCGCCGCCUCACCGCCACCAUCACCCCGCCUACCUCCGACCACCACACACCUGUUCCCAUGGUAACCAACGUGGACCUGCCGCCCAAAGAGUCCAGUAUAUGAGGAGAAACUUAAAAAAACAAAAACAACAAACUUGCUUUGGAUGCCUGACGAUACCGUGAUUUUCGGUUCAACUUCUUGUGAAAACGACCGAAUGACACUGAACACAAACACACACACACACACACACACACACACACACACACACACACACACACACACACACACACACACACACACACACACACUCACUCAUGUUUUCUCAGUGGAAUUUUUCGACCUAAACCAGAAAUACGGGGUGAAAGCAGCUGCUAUUUGAUUCUCUCUUCGUCCUUUUUGGACAAAUAUUACCAGCACUUGUCCUCGUUUUUCUCAAGUUUUCCUCUCAGUCUUGAGUCAUUCAUGUUUUUUUUUUUUUUUUUUUUUAAAAGUGUGUGUGUUUGUGUGUGUGCACAUACGCAGGUAAAUCCAACACUGAAAGGCAUUCAGGUCCCGACUCAGUGAAUGCUCUUCUAUCUCCAGGUACCUCAGCGACAUCUUUCAUUGCUUUGACCAUUUUCCUGGUGCACUCUUCCCUCUGCUGUCUCCUCCUCCUCAUCUGGACUUAUCUACCUAUCGGGCGGCUUGCGUCUCCUAGCAACCGCCCACCGUUGGGAUGUUGUUUUUUUUACUACAAUGCUGCAAAACUCUGGUAGGAACACGAUGACUGUUACACAACAAACACCGAUAGCAAACAUUUGUUUUUCUACCUUUUCUUGGACUCUCUUUCUUUUCUAUGUUCCUCCGGCGACCUCGCGCUACUAAUUCACACACGUCAAAACCUUCGGAUCCAACGGGUUGUAUCCAAAACGACAGGAAACAGGAAGUGAGGUCAGAAGGAAAGAAAACCCAGAAAGAUUGGACAGUGUUAAAGCUGAAGGUUUUCUUUCUCUCUCUCUGUGUUUUUUUUGUUUUGUUUUAUUCAGCUGUUAUAAUUUGAGGCUGAAGACUUGAGAGAGGGCUGAUGGGAUUGCUUUUCAGGAACCAGGAAGUGAACGUCUUGCAUGCAGAGAUUUGAUUGGCUGACCACUCUCGACCGCAGCAUUUCGGUUGGGGCUCUGAAAUAAAACUUCUCAGGUAACCAGGUCUACAGGGGGUGAACGGGUCGGGGGAGGGCAUUUGAUGCGACGCCGGCCGUUAGUUUCCACGUGGUCGGGAAGGGGCGGGACCAACAGCAAAUGGGAGGGGCUUAUCUGAGGGUGCUCAAAGCCUAUUGGCUGUCCUGAAUAUGUAAAUUUGCAAAGGUGCCCAAACAAGGUGCAAGACCUCACGAUGCAUAGAGCGGUUUAUGCAUUCAGGUCUGUGUGUGUGUGUGUGGGUGUGUGUGUGUGGGUGUGUGUGGGUGUGUGUGUGGGUGUGUGUGUGUGUGUGUGUGUGUGGGUGUGUGUGUGUGUGGGUGUGUGUGGUACAAUGUGAACACAGUCACAUGUUGUGACACAUGUUUUCUGGGUUUUUAAUUUCAUACUGUUUGUGCUGAUUGUUUUCAGUCUGGUUGUGUGAUCUGGAGGUAAGUGAGUGACCUGUGACCUUUGACCCCCUCAGUACUUUCACAUUCCGCCACCGCCACCCUCUGGUUGAGCGGCGACACAGCAGGAAUCAGUUUAAAAAAAAAACCUGCUCAGGUUCAUCACAACUCUCACAAGUUCAUCCAUGUAAAGGUCAAAGGUCAUCAGUCAGCUCCUCACCUCUCUUUUUAUUCUCCUUUUCAUUUUUCUUUCCUUCGGGACCAAAACUGGGGCGUCGGUCUGUUGCCUCAGAAACCGACCACCAAGAGUCCACUUCAGAAACUGGCUUCAUCCAGUUAAAGCUCCAGUGUGUUGCUGUAAUAUAAAUCCUACGCACUGGUCCUUUAACACACACUAACAAGAAGAACUGGAAACAUUGUUUUUUCAUUGUUUUGUAUUUGUAUGUUUUUGUGUUUCUGACCCUUCCGUGAUGCCAUACAUGUAACAGUGAAUGUCUACGAUGCUGCUGCUGACGACGAUGAAGAUGAUUCAAACUCAAAGAUGAAUAUAUUUCCGUAUAUAUUCCUUCUUAUUGUUCAUUUGACUUUCGGUGCAUUGAACACAUGCAACUCUCUGUCUUUGUACGAAGUCGGUGAAGCGAACGACGGCGUGCGAAAGAGGAACGACACUGACUAAAAAAAACGAGUGGAAAAGGUUGAAAAAAAAAAAUCCAUCAAAACAAUACUGCUCAUGAACCACAGAUCACCUCAAUACACCAGAAAUACCUCAGAGACUUUUCUACGUGUUAAAGUUCUGUUUCUAUAUUUUUUUUAGUUGCUUUGACGACUUGUAGUCACAUAAUAUUUUAUUGUGAGCUUUUUAUUUCCUGUUUUACUCUUCGAUUAGAGAGGUUAAUUUUUUCUUUUUUACAUCAAAUCUCCAAACUGAUUGAAGAAGAAAAGCUACCAGGUCACAACUGACUCGAACCUCUGCGUUGUAAAUAGUUACUGAAGUUGUUUUUGUGUGUUUUUUAGACUGAACUGAACUGCCGAUAUCAUAAAAGCACCUGGACUGAGCUGGACUCCAUCCUCCUGUCCUUGUCUCCUUUCCUCUCCUCACCCUUUGUCUCCUUCACUUGUCGUCUUCUUUCCUCGCCUCUCUCUGUGUCGUCUCUUCUAAGCUUCUCCUCUUUGCUCGUUUCCUUGUCAUGUCCUCUCCUCCUUUCCUCUCCUCCUUUCCUCUUCUCGCCUGCUCGUCUCCUCACCCUCCUUUUCUGUCACCUUGUCACCUUUCUUUUCCUAAACCCUUAUGUCUCGUCUAUUUUUUGCCUCCUUUUCUCUCCUUUUGCCUACUUUCUUCCUCUCACUUCCGCUUCUCUCUUCCAGUCUUCCAGUUCCAUCAAAUAAUCCCUCCUUUCUUUCCUCCUCGUCUUGUUUCAUUUCUACUCUCUUCAUCUCGCUCACUCUUCUUCCUCUUCUUCUUCUUCCUCCACUUCCCUUUGUUUUACUGCUGUCUUUAGCUUUGUGCCUUUAUUUGACUUCAUCUUCUGGAGCUUCCUUCUUCACUUCCCUUCUGUCCUUCCUGUGAAUGUAAAAGUUUUCCUAAACAUCACACCAGAGUAUAUUUGUAUUGAAAUACAUCCAGAAUAUCUGAUUCAAACUGAAGGAUGGUGACACCUUUGAUGAUGUAAAUCUUGUCUUGGUCCUCGUUUGAUUCUUGAACGAUCUUAAAUCAUUGAAACAAUAUUCCAGAUGUGUUUGAUGAACUCAUAUCCGGGUGUGAUCUCGAUGUGACACAUGACCUUCUCAGACGACGCUGACCUGCCGUUUUAUGUCGGAAAGCAGACAAAAAAAAUCACCUGACAGAUGGACUCAGGUCCAGGCGUUUCCAGGUGUUUUCAGUAACAUAUUACCUCAUUAAAGCCACACGGGCAGAAACCAAGCUCUAGGAACGCGACAGUAGUCGUGUCGGUGGAAAGACUCUGACAACAUUUUCGUUCAGGUUUCAGGAAGAGAAACACAGGCUCAUAUUCACAUGCACGGAUUAGUAACCAAAAACCUAAACAAACAUCUGAGCUGUCGUUGAAAUCAAGUUUUUAAACUGGAACACAGUGGGGGCGAAUGUUUCUACAUUCAGCAUUUAGAGAUCAGAAAAGCUGUUAGCAUUGUUAGCACCCUACAGUGAAACCAGUGGAGGAUCUGGCCAAAAUGAAAAAGGGGGACCAAUGUGUGAAAUACUAACAAUGCUAAAGUGAUUGUUUUAACUAACCCAAGUGCCAAAACAGAAGAUAUUUCCUCCUCAUAAUGUGACGUUCAAACUGAAGCAGAAAAUAACUUUAAAAAUGUUCAAUUCCUGUCAAUAAAACAAACAACAGUAUAUUGUGUUUUAACUCAGUGUUAGAAUAGAGAAGAAUAACUGCAACCGUAGUAACUUCAUGGUGACUAAACUAUCGAGCUGAAAGGGUUCACACAGAGUGUGAAAGGACGUCCAGAGUUGAGGAUGUUAUACGCCAGAUCAAAGUCAACAUGGCGGCACUUCUGGGCUUCCACUUUAUAAAGGAAAAGCUGCCGUCGUCUGAGUCCCCUGCUCAACUUCACCGUUACACUGGACGUUAUAGCCGAUAGAGUUUGGUGACUGUUGGACAAAUGGUUCAGACAUUUGGGGUUUCAGAAUAAUAAUACGAUGGCGGAUACAGUGACAGUGAUUGUAUCAUUUUGGCUAAUAAAUGUUGUACAGAGAUGAUAAGACAGACUGAUGGUAUUGAUCAGAUGUAUCUGUCCGAUGAAGCUAUUGUUGGAUUGUGACCAGGAUGUGACAGUGGAGUUGUCUAGCCUCGAUGCUAAAGAGUGGGAGGACAUGGCGAGCAGAGUUCACAAUAUUUCAAAUUAAAAGUCACCACUUAAAGGCUUGUUUUCACUUAUUGUGCGAGUGAUGCUUCCAUUAUUGCGGCCAGUCAAGUGCCUGUCGGGAGAUAUCAAGAAAUGUCCACUUGUUGAUUUCUUCUAACAUCUAAACAUCUUUGAGCCUUAGUCAAUGACAGAAGGACAGGCAGUUUAACAUAUAUUAACAGAAACCUGUGUGAAGUGGUGUCUACCACAUGUAAUAAUACUCACAAUGAACCCUUUGACUUUGUGAAACCUUCUUCCUUAUAGCUACUGCUGUAGAGCUUCCUGCCUCUUUAUAUUCUGUUUGACACCAACCAGAAGAGAACAGCACUUAAAGCCUUUGCAUACCAAGUCUGUAUUUUUCAUCCAGAGAUUAAAGAAAUGAGACGCCUUUAUCAGCUGGUGAAACUCUCCUUGGAGUGAAAGCACCACAUAAUCAUCCUCAUCGCAGACAGAAUAAUAAAACUGGUGAAAAGGCCUUUAUUGGUAAUCAUGAACCUUCUAACAAUAGAUCAUGAAGAGAAAAUGGUUAUUUUUGUUUGAUGCAUUUGUUAAAAGCUCACAGACUUGAUAUCAGUGUUACAAAGCUAAUACAAAGAGUUUAUUCUCCAUAAAGACCCUCUCGUUCCACUUUUGAAGAGGUGGGAGACUCUCAGUUUGUUUCAGUUGUUGGUGAAAUCAGGAAUUAAAUAAAGUGGUGAACAUAAUGAACGUUUAGUUUCAAUCCAAACGGACACGUGAAAUCUGAUUCAGGGCUUUGAUUGGCCAGAGGAGCUGUAAAGGGUUUCCCAGGCAUGUUGUCAAGGGGUCAUUGUGAACAAAUUUCUGCUGUUUCUCCCCCCGGGAUGAGUGGGGGAGGGACCAGAGUCACUGCAGGACAUGCCCUCCCUACUCAUCCUGAACAAACCAGGUGUGUAAAGAUGGCUGCCUCCUGUUUGGCUAUGGUAUCCUGUCCCAGAUUGCUCAGCAGUGUUCAUAAAUAUCAAAUAUCAGUUCAGAAAGUAAAACUGAAGAAAGUGUUGGUAUCUUGUAAAGAGAGAAGAUAUUUCCUUGCAGUUAUGAUAGAUCUCCUGUUUAAGAUACAAAAACUAAAAUUAUGAGAUAAAGUCGACAUUUCUUCUGUACAAUCUGACUAAUUUCUGCUCAGUAUUUUUAUCAUAUUUACUGGUCAUGAGAAACAGAAGCCGAAGAAGUCCUGAAGGAAACAUUUCUUUAUCUAAUGAUCAUUAAAACAGAUUUUAAAAAUAAAAGACAAAAUCAUCUUUCAGGACUUCAGGAACUUAAAUCAAAUGUCUUUUUCUCACAUAAAUAAAGAGCAAAACUGAAGUAACAGUUCGAUCUCUAAACACUGUUUAACUCUUAGUGACUGAUGUCAAACAGAGGGGCAGCCAUCUUUACAAAACCCCAUCCUUCUCCACCAGAAUGAUGAUGAUGAUGAUGGCGAUGCUGAUGGUGUGAAAUGUAAAUCUUGUACCUUAUGUUUCACUGUUGUAGCUCAACUGUAGAACACAGAGACAAACUUGUACUACUGAUUUAACAAAUGUGCUAUAAAAAAGAAAAGAAUCUGUCUACAAGCUGAGAACUGGUUUAUAUUACUGUAAAAACAAAAAAAAACAACCAUGUGUUUUGGACUGAAGAAGUGUUGGAAAAGCUGUUUUUUUAUUUAGUCUUUUAAAAUAUAUAAAUAUAUAUGUAUGUAUACAGCAGAUGGAAGAAAUAUGUGCAGGCAGGAAGAGAUAACAUUUAAAAGAAUAAAAGCCCCCUUCCCCAGGUACUGUCCAUCCUGCUGUUCAAAGGUUCCAGUACGAAAGUUUAUUUUCUUAUUUUAAUUUUGAGAAGCAAUGAUCACUGUAACAUAGAUGUUUAAUUUGCAGCCUGAUGAAAAUCCUUGUUAUAAAUUAUCUUUUCUUUUCUCUUUAACUGUGGUGGUUUGUAGAAAAAAAACUCCAGAUGUGGAGCGACUGCUAGUUCUACCUAGGAAAGAAAUGUGUGUGUGUGUGUGUGUGUCAGCUCUCUCUCUUUUCUUAUCAAUUUUCAUAACUCUCUCUAUCUCUCUCCCUCCACCCAGUGGCAGGAUCAUUAUUGUAUGAAUGAAUGUAGUUCUAGUCCUCUCUCUCUCUCUCUCUCUCUCUCUCUCUCUCUCUCUCUCUCUCUCUCUCUCUCUCUCUCUCACUCACUCACUCACUCACUCACUCACUCACUCACACACACACACAUACAACCUGUUACUGAAAAAUUAAAUAAAAAUCACUGUAGAAAAAGAAGGGUUACUUCAAUUUUAUCUUUUUUUAUAUGGGAAUAAACAAUAAAUACUGUCAAAUCAUUUUA